AUGAGUGCUUCCGGGGACACUGAGGACCCAAAAUCAGCCGGGAUGGACCCGGCACAACAUAAAGAGCGUGACUCCCACACCGAGGAAAUGUCUCCUCCAGAUUCCCCGCAGCCUGAGGAGCUUGAGAGCGUCUUCCUGGACAACAAGAGUUUAUCUAGAGAGAGUAUUGGAGACAAGCCGAGAGCCUGGAAGUCAGCGCCUCCAUCUCCCUCCUGUGAAAGGAGAGGUCUUUCAGCCUCAAUGCUCUCUCUACACACUGAAGAAUUUUUUGAUCUCCUCUCGAUUGCACAGACCAGGCGUCUAGAUGAACAAAGAGCCUCACUGCCUGAACGAGUCCUCCAGCCAAAGCGACAUUUUUCGAUGCCCAACUAUCGCCAGUUUUCUCUUCCCCUUGAUGACAGAGGGAUCGUUACUGAACUGCAGAGGAGGAGAGGAGGAUCCUGGGCUGGGCGGAGUCGGAGGAAAAAGCCUCCUUCCAUAAAAAUACCCGCGCAGGAGGAGCUUUACAACACUAUCCUAGGGCACCAGUCUCAGCGAAUGAACGACCAGCGCAGUUCUCCCCCGAUUCCUCAGGCUGCAGCAGAUCUGUUUGAGAUCCUAUUCCGCGUUCAGGGAAAUCGCCUGGAUGAACAAAGAGUGGAACUACCAGCCCCUCUAAAGGGAGCUUGUGCUUAA